CGAAGCUUCCUCAAAACGCCUUUUUUUUGGUGAGCCUCGAAUCCCCAAUUCGCCGGUAAAACAGCAAUUGCAUUUACCACGGCGUGGUAUUCACUCUUCGGCCCUGCCUGAAAUGCAGUAUUCUUAUCUCUAGAGCGCUACAAGCUCUAGGCAGUAACAUCAAAUCGCCGAACCCCCGCCCUUAGACGUUUUGCAAUUCUUCUUCAUCAUCUUCAUCAUCACCAUCGCCGCACGCAACACAACAACUCACCAAUCCUGAAUCUCGGGAAACACACAACAAGCCCACAAUGAUGAUGAUGCGCAGUAACUUCCUGAAGCUUGGCCAGCUUGGCCAGAUCGGCCGAAGUAAUCUUGCCUCCAUGGCACGUUUUGCUGUCCUUCCCAGAGUCAAUCAACAACUCACAGCAACCAUUUUACCUCGAGUUAUGUAUCGCCAACCUGUCCCGGCGCGUCUCUUUUCCGCGUCCUCUUUCGCCGCCCACCAGGCAGCACCCAAGGACAGUUCUUCGUCUAUUACAAUGGCCCAGUAUCACGACUUAGCGGAUGAGUAUCUCGACGCCGUGCUUACCAAGUUCGAAGAGCUCCAGGACGAGCAUGGAGAGAUUGACGUUGAAUACAGCUCUGGCGUUAUGACCGUGAAGAUCCCCAACGUCGGCACCUACGUCAUCAACAAACAACCCCCGAAUAAGCAGAUCUGGCUCUCAUCGCCGGUUUCGGGUCCGAAGCGAUACGACUACGUGCGAUCUGCUGAGGGAAAGGGCGAAUGGGUCUACUACCGAGACGGUUCUACUCUGACCGAACUUCUACUGAAAGAGACGGGCGUUACGGUCGAGGUAGAAUCUGAUGAGUGAAUGGAUGGGGGUCAAAUAUCUUUGCGACUGGUUAAGUUCGCCUUUUUUUUCUUUCUCUCUCUUUCUCUUUCUUUCUAAGAGACAAAUCCAAGACGAUAUGGCGUGUGCAUUAAGGGGUUAUUAAAAGACGAUGAUUUCACAAGGGAGUUUGCGAGCUAGGAUUUGUACCAUAUGUUGCUUUUGCUUUUGCUCUGGCUUUUGCAUCACGCGCCGGAGUUCAGGCUUCAUUGUGAUAUACCACUCAUCACACGUUGCAUUUGCGUUUGAGUUUAGUUAAUGAAGAAGAAAAAAAAGCACAAAUACAUUGCGAUUGUACUACGCAUAAUGUUUUCUUCGACCCUC